CACAAAUCUCUGAUGAAGCAGAGAAUGAGAUGGCGCCUUCAACGUCCAUCUGCUGUAAUCGCAGCUUAAGCAGCAGGACCCCCUGUCAGAGAGGGGGCUAUGAGCUCAUCAGAACAUGCACAACGAUGAGGACCGGUACAUUCUCUGCAGCGCCGCGCUGCCGGCCAAGUCCUUUCCGAUCCGACAUUGCGGCGGGCAGCUUUCGGAAAGGUCAAUCAACAAAUCUGCAGGCAAAGGGUUGCAAUGCUGACUCUGUGGACCAGCUAUUUGGCAUCCCUGGUCCUAGGCAAGAUGCAUGCAGAGGAACUGUGCAGUUGAUCGAGAAGAUUCACGGCAGUCUUAUCAGGAAACAUCCUGAAAAUGGUAGGAAGUCAGCACUCCGCAAUGUCCACAGGCCUGGGAACUGGCUGGGGCGAGAAAGCUCCGGGAGUCACCGUAAAUCUAGUGAGACUGGAAAGGAGGUGCACCGGCUGGAAGUAGCUGAUGAAGGCAGAGCGGCAGGAAUCGACUCGGCUCCUGGUGAUCAUUGCAAGCACCCAACAGAAGUCGUUAAACGGCAGUUCGAGACCGUCAAGGGACGGAGGGGCUUUCUUGCUGCAAGCACCUGUCUGUGCAAGGCAGUCUUUGGCUGCAAGGCCAGUCAUGCAGACAGCUCCCAAGGCGAGGCUCUAUGCUCCCAAUGUCAUGGAAGCGGAGCAGUCCCGUGUAACUUGUGCGGGGGGACCGGGCAGUGGCGACAAGGCUUUCAAAACGGGAUAGAGCAAACCUUGGAGUGUCCACAAUGCAGCGGCCGGGGCCUGCUCAAAUGUGUGCGUUGCCUAGGGACCGGAUUGGGGGACACUGGUGGCCUGCUGAGGGGCGCGGCAGUAAAGGAGGGGCACAUGCGCGUUAGGGCGGACGGGUCGAUAGAGAUUCUCGAUUGUGACUACUUCCCUGCCACGAGGGGGAAGGAUUGCCGGCCAAGCGCAAACGACAACAGGCUGACAGAAGAUAGGGCUCUGUCAGCACCCCGGGGAGGUCUUUAUCCACGUCCGGAUCUGGUCGACAUUGCAAAGAAAACCUGGCGGAUCGUCGAAGGAGGCCUUGAGACAUAGAGCAGCGAAGUAUGCAUUUCAGCGAUUGGAGCCUACAGGCAUGCAAAGGUCAACUUAGGCCUGCAAAUACUUGUACAGCAUAGUUGAAGCUUGGAACCUUGUAAGAUCAUGCAACAGACAUAUAGGGUAUAGCAUAAUAAGGCCAUGCAGUUGGAGCCAACGUGCGCCCCCGUAAGGUAUCACUCAGCAUCAUAGGGUCCCGAAUCGGGCACCUGGACGAUCGAUCAUGUCAUGAGGAGGGUGUUGCCAACCCGGCCCUCGAGUCGGUGGCUUGUGCCACUGAACCUUUCGCAUGUGCC